AUGCCCAGAGCUGCACCGAUAGAGCACACCAAGCCCUCGGUAGAUUCUCCAGCAUCGCGUGUGAUACCUCGUAUUUCUAGGGAGUUGGAUAAAUUAAGUUGGCCUGUUAUAACUUCUUUAUGGGAACCUCUUUAUACUCCAUCAUCUGCUGUUGAUACACCACCACCUGUUUGGGGCUCAGAUGUUUGGGGGCCUCCAAUUACUCCGCCUCCAAAUCCACCUCAUACAGAAGAAGUGGUAAUUGAAUUUGGUUUUUAA